AUGGUUUCUACGAAAUAUAUACUUGCUGCAUCGCUCCUUUCGUCCUCGGCUUUUGGCUUGAGCUUGUUACCGGCUAUUGAAAAAUACAGUCUGAGAGUUUCUUCUUACUUUGAGUUGGAUUUCAAGCCUGAAAGCAAUGGACCGGAAAUCAUCUACAUGUUUCCAGACAACCCUGAGCAGAAGCCGAUUCCCGGAGACUCACCGCUUUUUCAAUGUGAAGCAACUUCACCCCAACUUUUGACGUUGGAACUGGUUUCCAUUGACCCCAACCCUCCAGUCAAGGGACAGAAUUUGACGUUUGUGGCAAAGGGAGUUUUGGCUAAAGAGGUAGGAGAAGGGGCCUAUGUGGACGUGGAUGUCAGAUACGGGUUCAUUCGUCUUAUCCAUCAAAGAUUCGACAUUUGUGAGGAAAUUACUAAGGUUGAUUUGGAGUGCCCUAUUGAAAAGGGUAAGCAAGUUAUCAAGAAAGAGGUGGCCAUUCCCGAGGAGGUGCCUCCAGGAAAGUACACGGUGAUUGCCAAGGCUUUUACUGCCGAUGACGAGUUUAUUACUUGUUUAGGAGCAGUGAUAGAAUUUCCUCCCAACUAG